AUUAUGUCCCUCCUGGGAGAGGCCCUGGCUAUCCCAAACCACACAUCGUGCGCAUGCGCAGUUUGCCGAGCCUUCACCACAUUGGAGAUUCCUGCUGCCUGUAACUCUCGGAAGUUUAGCCAAGUUGCAGAGAUUUAGCCCAACAGGCUAGCAGGAUCAAAGACGGUGCGACCACAGCAAACUUGGUUUUCUGUGAGAAAAAACAGUAUUUGGACGGAACCCCUUACCUUGCAGUGAAACACGAAGGACUAUCGAUGGAUUUGAGCCGUCUUUCAUUGUUUCAUUUCCGCAGACAUGAGCGUUAGACACCUUUGAAAGAAGUUGUGAUUGUUUUUUUGGCGCUCUAGCACCGCAGAGGAAAGAUGGAGGAUCUGCUGGUGUAGCAGCGGGCUAACGCUAGCUGGCUUGUUGGGUUUACUGGCCCCGGAGCUGUUCGCCAAGUGUGUGAAUGUCCGAAAAAAUUGGAUGCUUUAGUUCAACAUACGAACGUUACCUGUUCAUGUUUGCAAAGCAAGAAAAGAAUGAGUGUCCCUCCAGCUCUGAAGAUGGAACCAGGGCGACUGGUGGCAGGAUCUAGACAUCAGAUGGUGCUCUGAAGAAGCCAUGGGUAGCUGUUUAAGCUGUCCAGAGAAAGAGUCAAUUCCAGAUAAUCAUCAAAGUAAAUUCAAGGUGAUCAACGUGGACGACGAUGGGAACGAGCUGGGCUCUGGCGUGAUGGAGCUGACCGAUGCCGAGCUGGUCCUCCACACCCAUCGCCGUGACGACGUCAGGUGGCCCUACCUGUGCCUACGGCGCUAUGGCUACGACUCCAACCUCUUCUCUUUUGAGAGCGGCCGACGCUGCCAGACAGGCCAAGGUAUUUUUGCCUUCAAAUGUGCUCGGGCCGAGGAGAUCUUCAACAUGCUGCAGGAGGUGAUGCACAGCCACAGCAUCAGCGUGGUGGAAGAGGCCGUGCUGGAGCCCAACCACCAGGCCGCACACACACCACACACUCCUGCAGCUCUGGGUUACUCGGUGCCCACUGUGCCAAAUGGUGUGACCAGGCUUCCCUCUGUGGGUGACGCCCCGUCUCACCCUUCAACUCGCCACCCAUCUGUGGCGAGCACCCGUCUGCCCUCUGUGGGGGAGGAGUCCACUCACCCGUUAUUAGUGACAGACGAAGUGGUUCACACCUACGUCAACACCAGGGGUCUCCUGGAGGACCAGCCCAGCCCGCUGACGGUCACCACGCCACUGGAGAGUCCCACUUCUCCCCAGUCACAGUGUCCACCGACACCUCCACCUCCUCCCAGGGUCCGCACUGAGCCCCAGGCCCCCCCUUCUCAGCCGGAGCCCCAGGUGCUGCUGGAGCCUCAGGGCGUGCGGUUUGUGCUCGGCCCCACCCCCGUUCAGAGGCAGCUGAUGGAGAAGGAGAAGAGGCAGAAGGAGGCGAAGGAGGCGGGGGAGCCGGGAGAGCCGGGAGAGACUAACGGCCACACGGACACUGAGCAAAGUGCCAAGGAGGCCCCCUCCGAAGCCGAGCCGGCCCCCGUACACUCCAACGGCUCCUCCUCCACCGCCUCCUCCAAUCCAACCUCAGCUCCUCGCCGCCACCGCCCACCCCCCCUCACCCCCGACGUUCAGAAUGUCAAUAACUCGGCCCAGCGGCGCACCGCCCUGCUGGACUACGAGAACCUGCCGGCACUGCCGCCGGUGUGGGAAGCCAGGAAGCCAAGCUCCGAGGAGGAGGAGAACGGCUGCUGCAGCAGCAGCAACAGCAGCCUGAAAACGCCUUCGCUCAAUGGCUACAACCACCACCACCACCACGGCCUGCUGCACCACUCCUACUCCCACCCGCUGUCCGCCCACCCGCUCUCCGCUGCCCUCGAAACCUCCCACAACUACGUUAAUACAGAGAACGUCACAGCACCUCUGAGCGCCCACCGGCCUGACACGGCCCGCCGCCGCGCAGACGGACCAACCAUCUUCAACUUUGACUUCCGCCGGCCGCCGCUGCUGGGCCACGCAGAGCCGCCCAAGACUCUGAACUACAUUGAGGUAGAGAUGGACAACAGCGCCAGCGCUGGGAACAAGGGCGCCUCAGAUGGCAGCAACCCCCAAACGCCACGCACCCCCACCUCACCGCUGCCCCCUACUACCCCCACACGCCGCACGGAGCUCUACGCCCUCAUUGACAUUGAGCGCACCGCCGCCAUGUCCAACUUGCAGAAGGCUCGGCCGCGUGAUGACGGCACGUCGCGCAAGACGCGGCACAACAGCACGGAGCUGCCGACCAAAAGCACUGUCUGACCACGCACCUUUUUCCUAUUAACCCUUUUUUGUUUUUGUUUUUUUCUACGUACGAUACACAGAAGCACAGCAGGUGCUGCCUUUAUAUUCCAGAAUGGAGACGCAAAUAAGAGACUCCAGCAGAGAAAGUCUUAAAAAGCGAUUAAAGUGACUUUUUGUGUGGUUACCUGUAAAUGAAGUCGGGUAGACCCAAAUGAAAUUAAACCUAGGUACUUGCCAUAUACCAAUUUAUUCCUAUGGUAAUAUAAUACCUCUCUUCCUUCACUCAUUCUCCAGUGCAUUUGGGUUGUUUAUUAUGUUAAUAAGACUGGACUGCAUUCCUCCUCCUCACCCAUUCCCUCUCCUUAUAUGGUACAAAUCAGUAUUACUGAACAAAGCAUUCCAUUUAGCCCUUUUUUAUAUGAUUCACUACAUGCUGCUGUAAUUUCAGUAUCUAAGGAUUACAUGGUACACUACAUUAUGUUUCUGACUAUGUACAGUAGAUUCUGGCACAAUAAAUGUCUGUUCUGUUUUUAUUUGUACUUGGUCAACAACUUGUCUGGUGUCCCCUCUUGUACAUGGUCUCUGCUGAACAGGACGUCGGCUGCUGACGUCUGGUUGCUCUUAAAUGGUUAGUUUGGAUUUCUGAAGGUUGUAUAUUGUACUUUUCCAAGAACAUGAUGUUGGAUAUGAAAACGUGUUGUUUUUAAACCAUUGAACACUAGAUAGACGUGCUGGAAUCUCUUUUUUUAUUCUAUUAUGCAUCAGGUAGAUUUCUUUGCACUAUGACAAUUUUCCUAAACUUUGACUCAUGAAAAAUCCUCAUACAUCAUCUUGCUAAAUACUGGUAUUUAUGGAACUAUGGCCCCUCUGUGACUGAGAAUGUCUCUUAAUUUCAGUGUGGUAAGUCAACUUCUUUUACCUGUUACAUUCUCAAAAUGCUUAGGUUUGAGCAGCAGGACAUGAUGGGGUUUAGGAAAAGACUUGUGAUGUCAUUGUGACAAAGGUACAGUUUAUAGACAGGACCUUGUGUGUGAACAUGCACAAAAUGAAAGUCCUUCAGCUGA